GUAACGCGGGAGACGGCCUAUUUGCUGCCUCCUCCGAUUCCCUGUGCGCCGGGGCUUCAGAGUACAUCUCCGGCAGCCCCUCGUGGCACCUCGUGGCACCUCAUGGUCCCCGUCUUCUGGGACCGUUCUGCCCUAAUAUCCUCCUUUUCCCCGCCGCCGGGCUGCUUCCGGGUUCGGGCCUGCCACGUGGGAGCUACAGCAUCCGAUAUUAACUUCACUGGCAUGUGGGCGCCUCAGGACCGCCCUCGCAACCAGGUUUGGCUCCCGGUCUGGGAGGGUGGAGUGUUGAGGUUUGGGGUGAUUGUGGGCUGUCAGACCUUGUGCCCUGGCUUCUGUUUCUACUGCACUCUGCCCCUCUCCACUUGUGCCUCUGCCCAGGCCUGA